AUGAGACAAAAGGGUCAUAGACGCGGAGGAGCAGUGUCGCCUUGUGCCGCGUGUAAGCUUCUCCGGCGAAAAUGUGUGAAAGAUUGUGUCUUUGCUCCAUAUUUUCCGGCAAAAGAGCCUUACAAGUUUGCAAUUGUCCACAAGAUUUUUGGUGCUAGUAAUGUCAAUAAAAUGUUGCAGGUGCUGCCGGAGAACCACCGGAGCGACGCCGUGAAUUCGAUAGUGUACGAGGCCAUCGCGAGGGUGCAAGAUCCUGUGUACGGAUGUGUAGGGACAAUUUCGUCAUUACACCGACAACUCGAGGCUCUCCAAACUCAGCUCGCUUUUGCUCAGGCCGAGUUGGCUCAUAUAAGGACGCUCAGCCGUACUGACACUAAACCUCCGCCGUGUACGGCCAAUGCCAUUGCUUUUCCGGCGAACUUCUGCAGCGACGUCGACAUGGCUUUUGCGUAUGAGGAUGGUGCCGGAGAGCCCCUUUGGUCGUGCUAG